GGGCAUGCUUUUGGGGACAAAAUGAAAAGAGGAAGACAAACGGUAAAGGAGAGAAAAGGGGAGUGUUUGAGACACUAAAAAGGCCAGCGAGAGAGAGAAAGAGGAGGGAGAAGCCACUUCACAUUGUAUUUGUUUAGACUUGUCACAGCGUAUCAGAAGUUUGCUGUGAGAACACCUUCCACUCAGGCCUCUCGUGUGCCACUGGUAAAGGGAGGCACGCUACGCUUUGAGUCAAUGUGUGUGUGUUUGUGAGUGAGCAAACAAGAUGCCCAGAAGGACUGUGUCAGUUCCCCAUCCCAACAGGGAUCCAACUCCAAGUAAUUUUGGAGGGAAAGACCCUCUCAAUUCAAAUGGAGACCCCCACACCGGAGCCCCUGAGGAGAAGGUAGAACUGCGGAAGAAGGUGACCCUGCUCCGAGGAAUCUCUAUCAUCAUUGGGACGAUCAUUGGAGCGGGAAUAUUCAUCUCUCCAAAGGGAAUUCUGAAGAACUCGGGCAGCGUGGGAAUGUCACUGGUGGUGUGGUUUGCCUGUGGGAUUCUCUCUCUUUUCGGUGCUCUAUCAUAUGCUGAGCUGGGUACCUGUAUUAAAAAGUCUGGCGGCCAUUAUACGUACAUUCUGGAGGCGUUUGGUCCGCAAGUGGCUUUUGUGCGAUUGUGGGUCGACAUGAUUGCCAUAAGACCUGCAGGUUUGGCUGUGAUCGCUCUGGCAUUUGGCCGCUAUAUUUUAGAGCCCAUCUUCAUGCCAUGUGGAGUUCCUGAAAUUGCCAUUAAAUUGGCCACAACAAUCGGAAUCACUAUGGUAAUGUAUCUAAACAGCAUGAGUGUAAGCUGGACUGCCAGAAUCCAAAUCUUCCUCACAUUUAGCAAGCUACUCGCUAUGGCCAUUAUCAUUGUUCCAGGAUUAUACCAACUUUUCAAAGGGGAGACCAAAAACUUUGAAAAUGCAUUUGAAGUCAACACCAUAGAUUUGACAGGACUUCCUCUCGCCUUCUACUCGGGGAUGUACGCCUAUGCCGGCUGGUUUUAUUUGAAUUUCGUGACUGAGGAGGUGGAGAAUCCUGAGAGGACGGUGCCUCUUGCCAUCUGCAUCUCCAUGGUGAUAGUAAUGAUCUGUUACACACUGACAAACGUGGCAUAUUACACUGUGAUGUCAGCAGAAGAGCUGUUAGCCUCCAAUGCCGUAGCUGUGACAUUUGCAGAGAAGCUGAUGGGAAACUUCUCAUUCGCAGUUCCGGUUUUUGUGGCUCUGUCUUGUUUUGGGUCCAUGAAUGGAUGCCUUUUUGCUAUCUCAAGAAUGUUCUACGUGGCCUCUCGAGAAGGUCAGCUUCCUGAAGUUCUCUCUAUGAUUCACAUACGCCGACACACGCCAUUACCUGCUGUGAUUGUCCUGUAUCCGAUCACACUACUGAUCCUCUUCUUAGGGGACAUCUACAGCUUGCUGAACUUCAUGAGCUUCCUGCGCUGGUUGUUCAUCGGCGUGGCUGUGGUCGGCCUCAUCUACCUGCGCUACACACGCCCUGAUAUGCCACGACCGUUUAAGGUCCCUAUUUUCAUCCCUGCUGUGUUCUCCUUCACCUGUUUCUUCAUGGUCUUCCUUUCUCUGUAUUCGGAUCCAAUUAAUACAGGGAUUGGCUUCGCCAUCUCUCUCACAGGCAUCCCUGCGUACUACAUAUUCAUCCACUUCGAAAGAAAACCCAAAUGGUUCCAGAAAUUGUCAGACUCCGUGAACAGAUCACUACAGAUCAUCCUAGAAGUGGUUCCUGCCGAACACUGACCGUUAUCCUUUUUCUUUGCACAUGUACUGUAUGUGUGUGUAGGCUAUACAGUAUCUGUUAAUUCAUGUAUCUAGUACAGUACUUCUCAACUGGUGGGUCACUGCCAAAAAAAGGGGUUGCAAGUGUGUCCUGAGUGACAGCAGAGAGAGAGAGAGAGAGAGAACAAUCCUAAAUGCAAAUAAUAAAAUGCAACUGAAGCAAAACCAGUUGAGACCUACUGCUGUCGUAUAUCCAAAAUGAAAUACCAUAUCUCAGAUGUCCCUGCCUCAGUCCACCUGAGAAAGAGACGUGUAACUGUCAUUUCAACGCAUUAUUCAUUUUCCAAUGCUGUGAAUCACCUAACAUGACUGACAUAAAGUCCAUGCAUUUUACUGAAGAUUUAGAACCUUGGCCAACUUUCCUCUUCCACUUAUUCAAUUUACACUGCUAUAUCUUUAUACACGUCAAUGUCACAUACGUCAUAACAAGUGAUUCCACUGAGGUGUGACUCAAGAAUGGGCUCAGCCAGGGAUUUGGACAUAAUCUGUUUCACUCUCCUCAAUGGCUGAGAUAUUUGAAAUUCUGUUAUACAGACAUGACUGUACAUGUACAAAAUGAAUAAUGGCUAAGACAGUAUGGCUAUUUUGUAGGGUCUUGUCUGACCAAUAGCUGCAUAUCAUAUACACUACAGUGAUAUUUCUGUAUACGAUACACUGGAUAAUCUGAUAUUUUUAUUGCCUGUAAUGCUGCUUUAUUGUACCAUGCAGGAAAACUCCACAGAGCACUAAUUUAUGUUGAUUAUCGCUCCAGAAUUGCUUUUAAACCUAUUAACAACUUACUCGCCCAUUCAGCUUGAAAAUGAAUCUUAUUUAUGACCAGUUUACUCCCAAGUGAAUUGUCAGUAAUGAUUUUGCACAUUAAAACUGCGUGUGUUUAAAUACUAAAUCACCCACCUACUGUAUAUCCUGAUAGGACACCAGCCUACUUGAUAAUGUCUGGGUUUAAUUAAAUCAGUAUUAUGUUAUAUUAUUAUACUGUUUUAGAAAAAAAGUGUUUGAGACACUUUUACAUUCACUGGUACAUUUUUGUACAGCAUAUUGUAUACAACUAUAUUGACUACUAUAGUAGAAACAACUUUUGUAAAGCUACGAGCAAACUUUGUAUGACCAAUUCUAUCAAAUUAAAUAAAUCUAUUUGCCUUUGU